UCAGACCUCUCACCUAUUCCUCCUCAUUAUGUCCAACAUGAGUGCCCUUGUGGGUUUUUGGAAAGCCUCUGACUGGACCGACGCAUCUAAAUGCCAGCCCUCAGUGGGAGGGGCCACUCUGCUGAUCGUGGCCUAUAGUACUGUCAUAGCAAUUGGGUUGCUGGGCAACACAGGCCUAGUGUUCAUCAUCGCUCGGCAGCAGGAGCUGUGCAAUGUCACCAACAUCCUGAUCGCUAACCUGUCGUGCUCGGACAUCCUGAUGUGCCUGGUGUGUCUGCCAGUGACUGUAAUAUACACCCUGAUGGACCGUUGGGUGCUAGGGGAGGCACUUUGCAAGGUGACCCCUUUCGUCCAGUGUAUGUCUGUGACAGUGUCCAUUUUUUCUCUGGUGCUCAUCGCUCUGGAGCGACACCAGCUGAUCCUCCAUCCCACCGGCUGGUCGCCUGCCACUGGACACUCCUACCUGGCCGUGGCUCUCACCUGGCUGGUGGCCUGCUUCAUCUCACUACCCUUCCUCUCCUUCAACAUCCUCACCAGUGACCCCUUCCAGAACAUCAGCCUGCCCACCAAUCCCUUCAGGGAUCAUGUGAUCUGCAUGGAGCUGUGGCCAUCGGACAAACACCGCCUGGCCUACACCACGUCUCUGCUGGUCUUCCAGUACUGCCUUCCUUUGCUGCUAGUGCUGCUCUGCUACCUGAGAAUCUUCCUCCGUCUCCGACAACGCAGAGACAUGCUGGACUGCCGCCGAAGGACUCAAGGGGCCCAAAGGAUCAAUGUCAUGCUGCUUGCCAUUGUGGUGGCAUUCGCUCUGUGCUGGCUGCCCCUCAACGUCUUCAAUGCCCUGUUUGACUGGCACCACCAGGCCUUGCCGGACUGCCAGCAUGAUACUGUCUUCUCUGUCUGUCACCUGACAGCUAUGGCCUCCACCUGCAUUAACCCAGUGGUAUACGGCUUCCUCAACAGCAAUUUCCAGCGCGAGUUUAGGACGGCACUGCAGCGUUGCCGCCGCCACGCCCAUCGAGGUGAGAGCUACGAGAGUUUCCCGCUGUCCACCGUUGGCACGUCUGUCAACAGGAUGGGAUCAACAUGUGUUCCCUCCCCCAGGACAGAAUUCAGCUCAGCAACACCUACCAAGACUCUACCAACCAACACCCAAUGGUGAUAAACCACCACACCACCAUCUGAGAAGAAACAAAAACACUGGAAACAACUGGGAAUUGAUGGAUGGCAGCCAGUGCAGAACAAAUCGAACCAUGCUUGAACAUCUAUAUAACCUUCCUGUUCCAAUUUAUCAGCUUCUUCCAUUGCACCGACUGUUCAGGGUCAGAAUAGAUGAAAAGAAAGGGCAUACAUGGGUAGCAGAUUCAUCUGGACUACAUUUCCCUUUAGAAGACACCACUUCGGAUAAUCAGACCCAAUGUUGAUUUUUUUUGCAAUGGAAACCCUUCCUGACACAACCCUCCCCCUGUAUCUAGAUCAUAAGCUGUUGGACCCUAGAACUGGAUCUAAGGGAUCCCCUUGGUACCCCCAAAGGGAUUGCCAGAGUCCUGGACCCCUUAG